UUGGGAAUCAGAUCUGGGAAGAACCAUCAGCUGGCCAAGUGAAGUCCUCAUUUCCCCAGAGCCCCCUCUCGCUCCCCUCCCCCUAAAAACAAUAAAAGAAUAUUCACAGUUCUGAUUUUACUCAAGGUGCCUUUUACUGUUGAGGGCAUUUCUCCCAGUACAGGAACUAUUGCUGUUCUAGAGGGAGAAGGUUGGGGGGGGGGACGGGGACUGUAACCUGAUCUGAUAAGCCAACAUGAUCUUUUCAAACAUCCCUGUAAGAAUCCCAUCAACGAAACAGCAGCCCUAUGCCCCAACUGCCCAGCAGAUGGCUCCACCCAGUCCCAGCACCAACAGCAGCAGUAACAGUAGCAGCGUUGGAGGGGAGCAACUGAGUAAAACCAACCUGUACAUCCGUGGGCUCCACCCUGGCACGACCGACCAGGACCUUGUCAUGCUCUGCCAACCGUACGGAAAAAUAGUCUCCACAAAGGCCAUCCUGGACAAGACAACAAACAAGUGCAAAGGCUAUGGGUUUGUGGAUUUCGACAGUCCUGCUGCUGCACAGAAGGCAGUGUCUGCGCUGAAGUCCAGUGGGGUACAGGCCCAGAUGGCAAAGCAACAAGAGCAGGACCCAACGAACCUGUACAUCUCCAACCUGCCACUAACCAUGGACGAGCAGGAGCUGCAGAACAUGCUCAAACCUUUUGGUCAGGUUAUCUCCACCAGGAUACUGCGGGAUGCCAAUGGCACCAGCCGAGGCGUUGGCUUUGCCAGGAUGGAAUCAACAGAGAAAUGCGAAGCCAUCAUUGCUCAUUUCAAUGGUAAAUUCAUUAAGAUGCAGCCAGGAGUUGCAGCUCCCUCAGAACCGCUGCUGUGUAAGUUUGCAGACGGUGGACAGAAAAAGCGGCAAAAUCAGAACAAGUACCUGCAGAACGGCCGGGCUUGGCCCAGAGAUGGAGAGCCGGGUGCAAUGACACUGACGUAUGACCCGACAACUGCUUUGCAAAACGAGUUUUAUUCCAGUCCCUACAGUAUUGCUCCAAACAGGAUGAUCGCACAGACAUCCAUCUCACCAUACAUCACCUCCCCUGUGUCCUCAUAUCAGGUCCAUAGCCCAUCCUGGAUGCACCAUCAGUCAUACCUUAUGCAGCCUAUGGGAACAGUAAUAACACCCACGAUGGACCACACCAUGUCUAUCCAGCCCACGUCGAUGAUGGGACCAUUAACCCAACAGCUUAGUCACCUGUCCCUGGGCAGCACAGGAACGGUAAGUGCUGCCUACACUGGUAGUGCUCUGGGCUCAUGGGGAAAAUACAUGCCUGCCACCACAGCAAUACAAGGGACAUACAUUCCCCAGUACAACCCGAUGCCUCCCUCCAAUGUGUCUGUCGAGGAACCCAGUGGCCAGCAGCAGCAGGUUGCUAUGGAAACAUCCUCUGAACAUGCAACCUAUUCCUACCAGCACAGCAAGUAAACUUGAGAUGUGAGAGUGAAAAGGUGGAAGAAUCAGCUCUCCUGAAUCGGUGUGAACCAGGAACCAGAAACCAGACUGCUCUGGAGGGGGGGACAAAAGAAAGAGAAAUUUUUGCACAAGAUUUGGAAAAAAAACACACAAAAGUUUUUCCUUUUAUUUGUAAGACAUUCAACAAAGAAAGAAAAAAAAACACAGCUAUUUUGAUAAACUUUCUACUUCAGUUAACCAGACAUACCAAACUCGGUGGCAGAAUCUGUGGAAAAGAGGUCUAUUUUGAUACGGGAAAGAGAGCUUAUUUUUUUGAAAGUGCAACUAUAGCAAAUCAUUAUUUAAGCAUUCUGAAACUGCUCAGAGUAAGAGAGGAGAAGAUUACACAUCAAAUGUCUUUUUAACCGUGAUUAGUUUUUUUUGUUUUGUAAAAUAUCCAGGUUGAUUUGAGUUCAAACCUUCACUAGGUGGAGUCCAUGACCUUGUACAGUUGCGACCUUAACAAUGAUUUGAUUGUCUGUUGAUGCCAUGACGAUGCUGUAGAGAUUAGUGCGGUUUCGAUUUUCUCCUUUUUAACGUCCUCUGUGGGAACACUAACUGAAAAACAAAAAGACAACUUCAAAUUACAGUUUCUCUUCAUCGUGUUCUGAUAUGCAUGCCCCAGGAAUCCACUCUGUCUCCCCCCUCACUCCCUUUUCACGCAGAUAGACUAGAAAGGUUUUGGCCAUGGUUUGAGGUGAUUAGUUCUAAUCGAUGACCCACUUCGAGUGCAGCUGCAAGGAUUGUGUUAACCACCUUUUUUCAAGAUUGCAAAUGGAUAUUGUUCCAAGCCAUCAAAAUCAAAGAGGCAUACAGCACAGAAGGAAACAUUCAGCCCAUUGCGUCUGUGCCAGCUCUUUGAAGGAGCUAUCCAAUUAGCCCCACUCUUUUCCCCCAUAGCCCAAUUCCCCUUUUGCAAGUUCCUAUUGAAUCUGCUUCCACCGCCCUUUCAGCCAGUGCUUUCCAGAUCACAACAACUCACUGUGUAUAAAAAAAAAUCUCCACUCUCCCUAAUUCCUCUCAUCUCCCUGCUCAACUCUUAUCCCAUUAAUGGUAAAUUUUUCAUCUGAAGAUGAGAGCCAAGAGCUGUAAUAUAUGGUUACAGCCUUCACCUUCCUUGAUGCUUUUAGGAUGAGAUGUAUAAACUAGUACAGUGUGCACAAUGGUUUCAGAGCUAAUCAUAGGAAGAACCUCUUAGGGUGAUUUAUCAGGCAAAAGUAUUAGUGAGCCAGCUGGAUGCUAUAAUAGGAGAGUUAAGCUGAAUGGUCAUUUUACAUCCUUGACUAUUCUUUGCCAUCAUUCAUUUUAAGGGGAGCUUAGGUUGCUUUGGGUUUUUGAGUCAAGUAGAAAAUCUUGUAUAAAAAGGAUUCAAAGACAAAGCAGCCUGCUUGAUCUGCAUCCCAUUCACUCCCUCCACCACUGACACACAGUAGCAGCAAUGUGCACCAUCUACAAGAUGCACUGCAGCAACUCACCAAGGAUCCUUAGAC